UUGUGGUGUCUUUUCCCGCCGUACGACAGUGAGAUGACGUUUCUUGAACCACUAAAAAUAGAAGACAGGCUUUAUUGUCCUAAAAGAAUUCUUGUCACUGGAGGUUUGGGAUUUAUAGGUUCAAGCGUUUGUCGCCAUCUAUCUAGUUUAUACCCCGAUUAUUUUUUGCUGAUUCUUGAUAAAGUAGACUACUGUUCCUCUACAGAGAACGUUUCAGAAUGUUUACGGUCAAACAACUGUAAACUAGUCAAGGGUGACGUAUUAUCUUCAGACCUGCUACGGUUUCUUCUUGAAGAGGAGCAAAUAGAUACUGUGCUACAUUUUGCAGCUUGCACUCACGUUGACAACUCGUUCGGAUCUUCGCUAACGUUCACCCACAACAAUGUUUUGGGGACACAUGUAUUAUUAGAGUGUUGCAGACAAUAUGGAAGAAUCAAACGUUUUAUCCAUGUUAGCACUGACGAAGUCUACGGAGGUGAAAAUAUACUUUCGGAUGAAACAUCUCUCUUAGAGCCUACAAAUCCAUAUGCCUGUACAAAAGCUGCAGCAGAGCUUAUCUCCCGUGGAUAUUCGAAAUCAUUUGGACUUCCUAUAAUUAUUACUCGAGGCAACAAUGUGUAUGGCCCUUGCCAGUUUCCAGAUAAAUUGAUACCAAAAUCAAUAUGUCUACUUUCUCUUAAUAAGCCAGCCUUCCUCCAUGGAAGUGGGGAACAUAAGCGGAAUUUCCUAUUUGUAGAUGACGCUGCUAGAGCUUUUGAUUAUAUCCUUCAUCGAGGUUUGACGAACGAGGUAUACAACAUAGGCUCAAAUGAUGAAAAAAGCAAUUUAGAAGUAUUGCUUGAUCUUCUUAAGCUCUUUGGUCUUGAAUCUAUGUCAGAUAAAUAUAUAGAAAGAGUGAAAGACCGAGCAUUCAAUGAUUUACGAUAUAAGAUCGACUCCACGAAACUGAAGCAGCUAGGAUGGAAUCAGCGAGUUACUUGGGAAUCAGGCUUACUUUUCACAAAGGAAUGGUAUUGUAAUGUCGAAAAUCUGAAACGUUGGCCCAAUUAUGAAGCCAGCUUGCAACCUCAUCCGUCACUGGGAUAAAUUGUGUGCCAAACUCAUUUCAUUUUUCAUUGAUAUUGUUAAAGCUGAUAUUUUUUGUCAUCUCUUUGAUAUUUGAAAGGAUUAUGAAUCGCAAGUUUUUGUUCU